ACUUUCUAAUUACAAUCAAUCAUCAGUCGUAAGUGACGAAAAAAAAAAGAACAUCAGUUACUGUCAGGAAUUGAAAACUGUGGAAAGUUAUUCUUCCUAAUUUAUGAUGUUAUUUUACAUUUUUAUUAGAAAUAAUGCUUCGAUAAAUCAAUAGUAUUACAUUGCUGACUUACAUAAUAGCAUUUGGUAUGCCUGCUGUUAGAUUAACAUAAUAUUUCAGUUGAUUUACAAGAUUUAUUUUCUUUCUUCUUGUAUCAUUUUGUUUAUGAAUAUAUAAUAAAAUUAAGUCAUUUACAGUUCAGAAAGGAGAGAAAAUUUUUCUAUUAGUUAAUAGAAAAAUAAUCAUUCUAACAUGCGUUUACUCAAGAAAAAUAGACAUCGAUAUUUAGUUCUGUCAUUCAGUUGAUUAACAUAAUUUGAAAGAGAAAAACAAAUUCUCUAUCUUCUGAAUAAGAAAAAAAAACAUUUUUUUUCUUUCAUCAUCUUUCUAUUGAAAAGAAAUACGGACCGACAUUUGUAUCACACGUUAUCUAUGACCAUGACCAUACGAUCAGAUAUAUAUAUGUAUAUGCAUAUAAAACAGCAAGAUUAAAUCUUGUAUUUAACCUUGACAUAACUCUUCAAUAAAAUAAUUACUAAACAUAUAUUCAUUGAUCUAUCAGAUUGAUAAAUCGCUUUUGAAUCGAAACUAUGCGCAUUAUAUAUAGAUCCAAAUGUGCCAUGAAUACUUUAAAAAGAGUUCGCUUAUUACUAUCAAGAUAUCGCAAUGUUAUAGUCAUUUUUCUCCCUCAAGAAAACACAUCAGUGUUAAUUGCUUGAAAGUUCGUAAAACAAUUAGUAACAGUAAAUUACUACUGAUGAUCAUCUAUUUUCAUUGGCAUGUGGAUAUGACUGAAGAGAAAAUUCACAUCAUAUGAUAAUGAAUGUUGUAUAUAUACUCUUAAUUUCUAAAUUUUUUAUAAUUCUUCAACAAAUUGAUUGAUUAAUAAAUCAUGUAUCUAUGAACUAUUCAAAUCACUUUUAUAUUUAUUAAUUGGACAACUUCCUUUGUUAGUUGAUAUUAUUAAAUAUAAAAUCUUUUUUUUUUUUUUCUUUAGGUCAUCAAAAACGUUUUAUGCUUGGUAUAAAACGUUUAAAAGAUAUAAAAAAAGGUCUUUAUCAAAUUAAUACAAAUUCAUCAUCACAAUCUUCAACAAUUGUAUCAUCACCAAAUAAUCAUCGUUUAUCAUCAAAACAAUCAAAUGGUUUAAAUAAUCGACCUAAUGUUCCAAUACGACAAACAAAAUCUACACUUGAACGUUGUAAUUCUCUUGAGAAUAAUAGUAUAUUACCAACACAAUUAACUAAUAAAAAACCAUCAGUUCAAUUAUCUCAUCUAUCACCAACACGUAGAAAUUCAAAUGGUGAUUCAUCAAAUUAUGCAACACUUCGAAAACCUCCAAUAUCACCAAAAAUACUUCUUAAUAAACAACAACAACAACAACAGCCACAAAAAAUUAUUUCAAAUAUUAGUCCAAUGACAACAUCAUCAUUUCGUUUACCACCUCCAUUAUCAUCAACAACAAAUAAUACAAAUAUAUCAAUAAAUAAUAAUAAUGAUUUAUUAUUAUCAUCAUCAUCAUCUCGAACACGUAGUUUAGAAAAUAUAAAUUCAAAUGAAAAUAAACUUCCAACAAUAUUAUUACAAAAUGAUAUAAAUUUAUCAUCUAUAACCAAUGGAAAUUAUAUUCAAUCUACAAAUAAACUAACAAAUCUACAAUUAUUAGGUGAUACAAAUCUAUCAUCAAGUACAGAAUCAACAAAUGGUAUUCCAUUUGCAAAUGAAAAUGUUGGAACUAUAAAACAACGUUCACCACAUAAUCAAAAUAAUAAUUUAUAUAAUACAUCAUUAGAUACAAUGAAACGUUCAUUACCAAUACAAUUUUUUGAACAAUCAAAUACACAUUUAUUAAAACCAUCAUAUCCAAUGACAACAGCUAUUUAUGAUAAUAAUGAUAGAUUUAUUUCAAAAAAUAUACAUUCACCUAAUAAACAAAUACGAAAAACUUCAACACAAAUUAAUGGAAGAAAUUCAUCUUUAUUAACAGGAGAUAAACGUUUACAAUAUAUUAAACAAAAUAAAACAGUCAAAAAUGAUACAACAAAUGCAUUGUCUGAUAUUGAUUCAAUGCUCUCUGAUCUUAAUCGAGAACUUGAUCAAAUGCUUGAUUAUGAACCAAUGACUUCAACAAGUCGACCUUAA